CCACCAUUCUCACCAGACACCUCCUCCGCCUCCAGUCGAUCUCUCCCAGGGUAACUCUCCAUGAGGACGGGGACGGAGGCGGCGGAAGCCGCCGCCGUGGACAUCAGCGCGCUCGUCCGGCGCCUGAGGCUGUACCAGGCGCCCCCCUCCCCGUACGACGGCGUCGCCCUCACCUCCGCGGCGGCAGCGGCGGCGGCCGGCGGUGAGGAGGAGGAGAUGUUCCGUACGCGGAGGGCCGCCGUGCUGGUCUGCCUCUUCCGAGGGCGCGGCGGCGACGGCGAGCUCCGCGUCAUCCUCACCAAGCGCUCCUCCUCCCUCUCCACCCACUCCGGGGAGGUUGCAUUGCCAGGAGGGAAGGCUGAGGAAGGUGAUGCUGAUGAUGCAGCAACAGCACUGAGGGAGGCAAAGGAGGAAAUUGGGCUUGAUCCUUCUUUGGUCACUGUUGUUGCUUCUUUAGAGCAUUUUUUGUCAAAGCAUCUUCUGGUGGUUGUUCCUAUUGUUGGCAUUCUCUCAGAUAUAGAAGCAUUUAAACCUGUUCUUAAUGUUGACGAGGUAGAUGAGAUUUUUGAUGUACCGCUGGAGAUGUUCCUCAAGGAUGAAAACAGGACAUCGGAGGAGCGUGAGAAGAUGGGCCAGACAUUCACAAUUCAUUACUUCAAUUAUGAGAAAGAGAACCAGAAGUACUUAAUCUGGGGUCUGACUGCACGCAUCUUAAUUCAUGCUGCCUCAGUUGUAUACCAGCGUCCACCAGACUUUCCGGAGCGAAGAGUGCAGUUCAAUUUGCCAAAAUUCUGAAGGGACCAUUAGCAGUGGCAUGAAUCAGCGCACAUACUAAAUACUAUAUGUUUUACAUUGGAGUCAAUUAUAUCAAUUGAGGCGUACAGCUGACAAAAUCACGAAAAAGGUUGCUGUAGAAUA